UCCUUCUGAUAUUCAAUGGUAGGAUGGGAGAAGGCUGAAAAUGAAGUCUUGGUGCUAAAGAAACAACUGGAGGCUGCAACACAAAGGAACUCGACACUAGAAGAUUGAAUCAGUCAUCUUGAUGGAGCACUUAAGGAAUGUGUGAGGCAGCUCAGACAGGUGAGGGAAGAGCAAGAGCAGAAGAUCCAAGAAGCUGUGGUCAAGAAAACUCGUGAGUGGGAAUCAACAAAGGCCGAGCUUGAGACUAAGCUUUCCAAUGUCCAUGCCCAGCUUCAAGCAGCCAAGAGUGAAGCUUCUUCGGUUAUAUGUUACGAUAUCAGCCCUAAGCUUGAUGCUGCUGAAAAAAGAAUGUGGCCCUCAAAGCCAAAUCAUGGGCAUCUGCUCUCAAUAACCGAACUCGACCAUUUUAAGAAAGAGAAAUCCUUCGGAAAGAAUCUCAUGGUCUCUUCAGGAGAACUUGAUUUAAUGGAUGAUUUUCUGGAGAUGGAAAGAUGGGACUCGCUCACGGAUCAAAACAGAUCUGAUGAAGUCACUCUCAAAUCUGAGCUUGAAGCCAUGAUCAAUAGAACGGCAGAGCUGGAGGAGGAAUUAGAGAAGAAGGAAGAAGAAAAGGAGAAGCUAGAGAUGGCUCUAAGUCAAUGUCAAAAGCAACUUGAAACUUCAUGGAGUCAGCUCAAUGAGGUUGAGAUGAGAAUGACAGAACUCAACAACAUGUUGUCUGCAGCACAAAAAUCGAAGCAAGCUGCAGAGGAGGAAACAAGGAUUACCCAUGAGAGGAUGGAAGUAACAGAGUCAAGACUGAUGGAUGUUGAAGAGGAGAUGAAAAACUUGCUCCGUAAUGUGAAAUUACUACAAGAAGAGGUUGAAAGAGAGCGUGCUUUGUCUGCUGAAAAUGAGGCAAAAUGUCAAGAGCUGGAGGAUGAAAAUCUAAAUAUGAAAAGGGAUGCCGACUGCUGCAGCAUGAGAUCGAGCUUCGGCGAGCAAGAGCUAGUAGUCGCUGCUAGCCGGUUUGCAGAGUGCCAGAAGACUAUUUCAUCUCUCACUCAGCAAUUAAAAUCUCUAGCUGCAGUAGACGACUUCUUCACCGAUUCCGAUCCAGUGUGCAAUCACAUGGAUGAAGGAUUACUAAGCCCCGAAAACGAGCUGCACCAUUUAACAGCCCACCAGUCCUCAUUUCUGCUGAACAAAGAUGAAAUAAUCUUGGUUUAAGAAUUUGAUUAUUCAACUAGCUGAGGCAGGAAGAUGAAAUGAGUGAGGUGAGAUAGGAAGAGUGUCUACUUUGAUUUUUUGCCUUGUGAAUAAACAACCACCAUUGUAAAUGCA